AUGGCCGAGAAGGGAGACUGCUUUGCCAGCGUCUACGGCUAUGACCUCGGCGGGCGCUUUGUGGACUUCCGACCCCUGGGCUUCGGCGUCAACGGGCUGGUGCUGUCGGCCACGGACAGCAGGACCUGCCGGAAGGUGGCCGUGAAGAAGGUCACCCUGAGCGACGCCCGCAGCAUGAAGUACGCCCUGCGGGAGAUCAAGAUCAUCCGGCGCCUGGACCAUGACAACAUCGUGAAGGUGUAUGAGGUGCUGGGGCCCAAGGGCGCCAGCCUGCAGGGCGAGCUGUUCAAGUUCAGCGUGGCCUACAUUGUGCAGGAGCACAUGGAGACAGACCUGGCCCGCCUGCUGGAGCAGGGCACGCUGGCGGAGGAGCACGCCAAGCUGUUCAUGUACCAGCUGCUCCGCGGGCUCAAGUACAUCCACUCGGCCAACGUGCUGCACAGGGACCUGAAGCCCGCCAACAUCUUCAUCAGCACCGAGGACCUCGUGCUCAAGAUCGGGGACUUUGGCUUGGCGAGGAUCGUCGAUCAGCAUUAUUCCCACAAGGGUUAUCUGUCAGAAGGCUUGGUAACCAAGUGGUACCGCUCACCACGCCUGCUCCUCUCCCCUAACAACUACACCAAAGCCAUCGACAUGUGGGCGGCCGGCUGCAUCCUGGCCGAGAUGCUCACGGGGAGAAUGCUCUUUGCAGGGGCUCAUGAGCUGGAGCAGAUGCAGCUCAUCCUGGAGACCAUCCCUGUGAUCCGGGAGGAGGACAAGGACGAGCUGCUCAAGGUGAUGCCCUCCUUCGUCAGCAGCACCUGGGAGGUGAAGAGGCCCCUGCGCAAGCUGCUCCCCGAAGUGAACAGUGAAGCCAUCGACUUUCUGGAGAAGAUCCUGACCUUUAACCCCAUGGAUCGCCUCACCGCCGAGAUGGGGCUGCAGCACCCCUACAUGAGCCCAUAUUCGUGCCCCGAGGACGAGCCCAUCUCCCAGCACCCCUUCCGCAUCGAGGAUGAGAUCGACGACAUCCUGCUGAUGGCCGCCAGCCAGAGCCAGCUCUCUACCUGGGACAGGUGUGGUGCCAGGUACCCCGUGAGCCUGUCAUCCGACCUAGAGUGGCGGCCCGACCGGGGCCCAGACGCGAGCGAGGUGCAGCGGGACCCGCGCGCGGGCUCGGCGCCGGCGGAGGACGUGCAGGUGGACCCGCGCAAGGACUCGCAGGGCAGCUCGGAGCGCUUCCUGGAGCAGUCGCACUCGUCCCUGGAGCGCUCCUGCGACUACAAGGUGGGCUCGCCGUCCUACCUGGACAAGCUGCUGUGGCGCGACAGCAAGCCGCACCACUACUCGGAGCCCAAGCUCAUCCUGGACCUGUCGCACUGGAAGCAGACGGCCGGCGCGCCCCCUGCCCCUGGGGCCAAUCCCGGGGCCGCGGGGGCCGGGGCCGGGGCCGCCGGGGCGCGCCGCGAGGAGGACGAGCCGGCCAGCCUCUUCCUGGAGAUCGCGCAGUGGGUGCAGAGCACGCAGGCCGGCCAGGAGCCCGCCAGCCCGCCCCGCGAGGGGCCCGAGCGCCACCCGCCCGCCUCCCCGCACGGCCGCCCGGCCACCGUGGACGGCGGCGGCGCCAGCCCCCAGUUCGACCUGGACGUGUUCAUCUCCCGCGCCCUGAAGCUCUGCACCAAGCCUGAGGACCUGCCGGACAGCAAGCUGGGUGACCUCAACGGCACCACGUGCAUCCCCGAGUGCCCUGCAGACCUGGUGCAGGCAGACCCCUUCUCCAAAGAACGGUGGUGA